AUGGCAGAGCAGAAGGAAGUGAAUACUACACUGACCAACCUGUGGCAAGAUGAUGAGGCCCUCCAUGCCCAGUGCAAGGACUUCAUUCAGUUCAUUGCUUCUCUGCAGAAGGCCACCUCUAAGCUGGUGGACAAAGAGAUCACCCAAAAGAGGCAUGACUUGCUGACUAGCAGCCAACGUCAGCUCCGACCACAUGAAUGCUGGGCUGUUCUGGGGGCGGCCCAAAAGGACUUCCUGGCAGUUCUGGACGCGUUGUCUGACCGCUGCCCAGGCACCCUGGAGCCAGGCCAGUGCGUCUUGGUGGUGCAGUACCUUCAGGCGGUCAUCAUGCUCAAACACCUCCAACUACCAAGAGUGGUGGAGCGCAUGACUGUCACAGAGUGGCUUUCCAAGAGAGGGUGCGAUGGGCAUUAUGUCAUUGGGGUGCAGGAUCAUGUGUUUGCCCUGUCGGAGGAGGAGGAGCGGUGGUUUGAUCUGUACUACAGAUGGGUACGUCCACAGCUCCUGAGAUUCAACAAGAAACGCACCAAGAAAGAAAAGGUUGAUGCAGAACACAGGUUCCUUGUCUCCUCGGCAGGGAAGGCAAUUGGCAACCCAUCAAAUGACCUGUUUCAGCUACACUUAAAAUACAAACUCCCGACAGUGAACUGUCAGACGGCACGGAGAGUAAUUGAGACGGCAGCUAAGAGCCUGACGGACACUCAGAGGUCAUUGUUGACCAACUACCUGACCAGUUCCAAGGAAACAGCCAAGAAGCGCUACAGAGAGACCAGGUGUGACAUCAAUGUGAAGACCUCUCAGCUGUUGAGAAGCAUGAGUGAAGUGUCAAGUACUGACCCUUCUGGGGAAGGCGUCAGGCAUGAGUCUUCUGAGGGAGUGUCCCAUCACGCUGGCAUCAAACAGCCAGUUAUCAUUCUGCAGAGGCUCCCCUCGGACCAUGACACGGUCAAACACCUCCUGAGCCAGUGA